CCGUAUGGCCUAAACACGUAAAAUAGGUCUUGCAGUGUUACAAAAAGUGACAAUUUCGUUUUCAAUUAUAGGAGACUAGACGUUCGCGAUGACCACUGAAGAUAAUGGAAAUGUGAUGGAAUUGUUGAAACCUACGUCGAGCAGCAACGAAGAUCUGAGCGAGUACACGGACGCCGACGAAAGCAUUUCAGCGCCAACGGAAUUUCUUGCGGAGUUUCUUUCCGCCGUAAUGUUGAAGGAUUACGUAACAGCAUUGAAGUAUUGCAAAUUGAUUCUACAAUACGAGCCGAACAACGCUGCAGCGAAAGAAUUCUACCCACUCAUCAUAGAAAAGCUCCAGCAAAAUAGUACCGACCAUCCAGCGCCUGUAUCAUUCCAAAACAAACCCGGAAUGGCAAAUGCCUUUGCGAAUCAAGGAAAUCAAUUCCCGUUCGGGACGAGCUCAGAUUCUGAGUCGCCUACUGAGCCAGUUACGCAGCAAACGAUCGCUAUGCUGAGAGCCAGAGUCGUGCCAAACAAAAUGUAGAGUUAGACUUCAGAGAUGAUAUUUUUAUCUGUUUUAUGCUCAUUCUAAGUAGAUCAGAGUGACGUAAGAAUUUUAGAAAUAUUUUAAUGGAACGUGCCUAGUGAACAUCAUAUGGAAAAGAACCAGUAGAUAAAAAUGAAAAGUUGUGUCUUUCUUGCUCAUAUUUGUAAUAAAGGGAAUCUAUUACUUUUACAGCUA